UCGUUAAGCAGGCCCCUAUUUCAUGUCCGUUAGCGUGGCUUUUCGUCAGCUUACUGCGACGAGUGCAGCGGGGAGGGCGGAAAAGGGAAGGACGUGUUAUCUCAUACGAGCCCCUGGCGAUGAGGAUCAUUUUCGGCGUCGCGGCUACUGCGCCGAGUUGCCGUCGAUAGUGCCGCAGCGUAUGCGUUGGAGGAAAUGCACGUAAUGAGAAAGAAACGACACUGGUUGCGUGCGCACUCGUUGAUCUGAGUGUAGGGAGGCUGCACCUUAGGUCGUAGAGGAAGAGAGAAAUGAGUCAACCGAAGUCGUCAGUAUUAAAUGUAUCUCACUGAAUUACCGGAAUAUUGAGAACGACCUGUUUUGACAAGCACAUGCCUGAGUAAAGCCCUUUCUUCGACUAAAAAUGAUUAUUACUGUAAUACCUUCACUACGACGUUCGACACAAGAAUUCUCAACGUAAAAUGGCACGUCCACCUUCGGACGCCCUGUCAAAGACGUAUCCGAGUCCCCCGAGGUCGAUAGUCCCUCGAAUGACGACCAUGAUCAUGGAUCCGAACAUUAGCCCAAUUUGGAAGACGUCCGUCCACACGACAGCCUUCAUGCCGCCCUGAAAGAGUAUCGACACUGGCUACAGCCAUGCAGUAUGGUUCUCCUUUGUAUGUUGACGCGGCGAAUCCAUUCAAGUACCUACUUUGCCGGAGUGGACAGGCAUACCAGCAUAUAUGUGAACUCCGCGACAUCUGUAACAACGAUGUGCUAUAGAACCACUACGCGCAACGGGCAAUAUUAUGGCGGACAUCGAUGAAUUUAGUCCUAAAAUUUCGGAACACAUCUCUCGAAAGCUCUGUAAUCCUCAGAAUUCGUUCCAAGAUUACACGCCUUUGGAAAUUACCGGCUACAAAUCGUAAUCGCCGAUGCAUCCGAGCACCGAGACCGGGGCCUUGCGCACCGCUGGCUUCGUGGCGAACGCGCCGAAGCCGAUCCAGAAACAAGCCGCCAGGGAGGUGAUGGUGCCUACUCCGGCGCCCUCGCCUGGAUACCGAGCCCCUUUGACGAACGUGUCGCGCCGCUGGGUCCGAGGCUGUGCGGAGGCACCAUGGGAGUGUCGUGGACGCACCUGUGGCUGCUCGUGUGGAAGUGCUACGUGAUCGUGGUGAAGCGCCACUGGGUCGCCUUCAUAAUGGAGCUGGUGGCGCCCGCCGCGGUGUCCCUGACGCUGGUGUUCUCGCGCCAGUACAUGGACUACUCUCGCGUGCGGAACGUGACGUACUUCGAGCCAUUCCCCGUGCAGAGGCUGCCGCCGCGCUUCCACGUGCCACCGCCCAGCGCACCUCGCUGGUUGCUGCUCUACGCGCCGGACACCAACGCCACCGCAGCUGUGCUCGGGGCGAUGGCCGAAAACUCCAACCCGCCUCUGAUGGUGCAAGGAUUCGAGACGGAGGAGGCUAUGGUAAACCACUACACGGCCGCCAUGGCGCACCGGGACUCCAUCCUUGGAGGCGUCGUGUUUGUCGGCCUCAACCUGAACGCGAGUGGGACAUUGCCGCUGGAUAUCCAUUUCAAGAUCCGACUCAAAGCGGCCCCUCGGAUGAGGCUGUCGCAGGCGGAGCCCUACCAGUCGUGGAGCACCGACAGUAACUUUCCCAUGUUGCCUUUGUUCUCGCCGCGUCAUCCUGAGACCAAGUUUGACGGUAGCCCAGGUUAUGUGGCCGAGGGCUUCCUGUACCUGCAGCGACAGGUGUUCAAGCACACACUCGAGUUCCUGCAGGCGCAGGAGCAGCACUACCCGGACGAGCCUCCCCCGGUCACGCACCUGCGGCUACAGCGGUUCCCGCUACCGCCGCACACAGUAGACAGCUUCUACUUUAUCGUCCACUACUUCCUGCCAAUCAUUGUGCUGCUCAGUUACAUCUAUCCCUCGCUGGCCGCCGUCCGUCAGGUCGGCUACGAGAAGGAGUCUGGCAUGAAGGACCUGCUUGAGAUGAUGGGCGUGAACCCCUGGCUAAACUACGCGGCCUGGUUCUUAACCACGUUGGCCGUGAUGACUGCCAGCUCCGGGCUGCUGGUGAUUGUAGUCACGGCGCCGCUCUCGAGCCACGGGCCUGUGCUGCGCAACAGCGACCCGGUCGUCUUUUUCGUGCUACUUGUCGCGUAUUCGGCCAGCUCCACUUCGUUCUCAUUUUUCGUCGGAUCGUUCUUCAACAAUGCGAACACUUCUGUGGCGGCACUGGCCGUGGCUUACAUCACGACCUUCUCACCGUUCCUGUUCUUCUUCUCGCUUAACGACGACCACACGCUUCCCACACUGGUGGCCGGCUGUCUGCUUUGCAACACUGCACUGCCCGUGGGCAUCACCGUGACCACGUUACUCGAAGCGAGUGGUGAUGGUAUCCAGUGGCACAACCUUGACGUGAACCCCAGCCCUGGUCAAGGCCUGUCGUUGAUGUCGGUAAUACUGCUGCUUGUCUUCGAUACAUUUAUGUACAUCGUGGUGCUCUGGUACGUCGAGGUGCUGGCCGCUAGUCAGCCGAGGAUCAGCUGGCGACUAUCUCUGAUAAAGCCUGAAGACCACGUCCCCACAGCCGCUGAGACCGAGAAACAAGAGAAUAUGCAAAAGGAAAACGCAGAAAUAUUCUUCGAAAAGUUUGCUUCCAAGGAGCCUGCUGGAGUUCGGCUCGUCAACCUCACUAAGGUGUAUGGCAAGACUACGGUGGUGAGCAACAUAAACUUGGAGGCGUCCAAAGGGUACAUAACAGUUCUGCUCGGUCACAACGGCGCUGGCAAGACUACGACCAUGCGAAUGAUCACCGGGCAGCUGACUCCUUCAAGUGGUUCGGUGUUCAUCGAGGCCCAGGACGUGAGCGUGAAUAGCCGGGCGGCGCACCAAGGUUUGGGCGUAUGUCCGCAGAACGACAUCCACUUCUUAGAGAUGACUGUCUUCGAGCACCUCUACUUCUUCUCCAGGCUGAAGAAGGUUCCGUACAGCGAUGCCCACGAGCAGACGUUCAACCUGCUCGUUCUGAUGAACAUGGUGUCCAAGACGGACACUUUCGCCAAGCACUUGUCCGGGGGCAUGAAACGGAAGCUGUCCAUAGCCAUGGCGCUCAUUGGACACUCCAAGGUUGUGAUCCUGGACGAGCCAACGGCUGGCAUGGACCCGGCUGCCCGGCGCGAUAUGUGGGACCUGCUCCUGUCGGAGAAGGCACAACGCACCAUACUGCUCACCACGCAUUCUAUGGAAGAGGCUGACGCCAUUGGGGAUCGCAUCGCCAUCAUGGCCAACGGCAUUGUCCAGUGCUGUGGCUCGCCCUUCUUCCUUAAGAAGAACCUUGGCGCGGGCUACCACAUGGCGAUAUUGAAGACGCCGAAGUGCGACCCGCGCGCCGUGAUGGACGUGGUCGCAGCGUUCGCGCCGUCGGCCGAGCUCGAGAGCAACGUGGGCGCCGAGAUGGCGCUGCGCAUCGGGCGCGGCGACCAGCCGGUCUUCAAGCACCUCUUCAGCCACCUCGAGGAGAACAAGGAGAAGCUCGGCAUCGCCAGCUUCGGCGUCUCUGUCACCACGCUCGAAGAGGUCUUUCUUCGAGUUGGCGAUUACGCUGCCACAGCAAUGUCAAGACUUCAGAUGCCUGAGCCUGACCAACUGCGCGACACUGAAGCCGACACGCUUCUGGGCGCGCUGCACUUCUCGGACCCGCUGCGCCACGGAAGCCGGGAGGACAGCAGCGCCCCCCCGCGGCGCAACGGCGGCUCGCGGCUGCUGCUGCAGCAGACGUGGGGCCUGCUCGUGCUGCACUCGCUGCACAGCCGGCGCAACUGGGCCUUCACGCUGUCGCAGCUGCUCGUGCCGGUGUUCGUGGUGGCCUACACGCUCACCUGGAUCGACAGCCUGCCCAAGGUGCACAAGCCGGGGCCCCGCGUGCUCGACGUGAACCAGGUUUUCGCCAGCGACGUGCCGUACGCCUUCCACGGAGGGGCGUCUGCCUCGCUGGCCAAGCAGUUCAAAAAGCAGUUCUCCAGCAAGGUGACUCCAAUACUGGUGGAGGCGGGAAACGUGGAAAGCUACCUGGUGAACGCAUCUGUGCUAGAAGGCAACACCUUCCUGACGAGCACGCUGAUCGCGGCCAGCUUCGAAGACGAGGGGCCAGGUGGCCGCGUUCGCUCGGCUAGGCUUCUGUUCAACAACCAGGUGUACCACACGCCGGCGCUCGCCAUGGCCGCCUACCAGAGGGCGCUGCUGCACGAGACGUUCGACAACGCGUCACUCAAGCUCACCGUGGUCAACCAUCCGUUCCCUCGGGUGGUCGAGGAGAAGGCCAACAAGCUUAUCACAAUGCACCGCGAGAGCUUCCAGAUAGGCCAGCAGACCAUCUUCGGCACCUCGUUCUUGAUCGCCAGUUUCUCGGUGUUCCUGGUGCUGGACCACGUGAGCAACUCGCGCCACCUGCAGCGCAUCUCGGGCCUCAACAUGAUCGCCUAUUGGGCGGCCUACGCCAUUUGGUCGCUGCUCCUCUACAUCUCAUCGUGCCUGCUCGUCAUGUCGACCUUCCGCCUCUUUAACACCCAGGGAUUCACCGAGCUGCGCGAGCGAGCGGUAAUGUUCCUGCUGUUCUUCUACUUCGGCAUCUCGUGGCUGCCCAUGAUCGCGGCGAUGUCGUUCUGCUUCCGCACCCACACGGCCGCCUACGUUCGGAUCGCCACAGUCUUCUUCGCUGCAGGCGUGUGCGGCCUGGUGUUGGUGGCGGUGCUCGAGUGGAGGGGCAAGCCCGGUUUAGAGCACGUGAUCGACACCGUGGACUGCGCGUUUACGUACAUGCUGCCGAUGUACGCACUGGGUCGAGCCUUCUGCAGCCUGUACCGCAACGCGCACUUCAACAUCGUCUGCAACGACUACUACACGCAGAACGUCCUCUGCGAAAUCGCGCCCAACCGGGCGCGCUAUUGCUGCAAGGGUAGGCGUGCUGCGACACCCUAUAUAGAGCAGAGCAAAAUAUAUGACAUUCGGACGUGCAUUGGUGUGCUUGUCGCAGACUACUGCCGUCAGAACGAGUGCAUCGACUGGCAGCCAGACUUGCUCUCGUGGGGAUCGCCGGGCAUCGCGCGCGCACUGCUGUCGUUCAUCCUGCACACGCUGCUGGGACUGGCCGUGCUCUGCGCAUGCGAGGCGAAUGCCGGCUUUUUCACCGAACGGCUCACCGUCAGCGGCUCGGCUAGACGCAAGUCGGUCGCACCUAACGAGACCGUGUUCCCGUGCUGUUCGUCCCCUGGGCGUCAGCAGCAGAUGCAGGAGGACGAUGACGUGGCCGAGGAGAAGGAGCGCGUACUCUCUUCGAGCGUGUCGGAGCUGGCGAAACGCGACGUGCUGGUGCUGCGGCGGAUGUCGCGCGUCUACGGCUCGUUCUGCGCCGUGCACGAGCUCUCGUUCGGCGUGCGCAAGGGCGAAUGCUUUGGCCUGCUCGGCAUCAACGGCGCCGGCAAGACGACCACCUUCAACAUGCUCACCGCCACCAUCGGGCCUAGCGCUGGCGAGGCCUUCGUCGACGGCUAUUCGGUCACCAGUGAUACGAAGCAGGUUCGCCGGCGGAUCGGCUACUGCCCGCAAACGGACGCGCUGCCGGGCUUCCUGACAGGCCGCGAGGUGCUGACGCUGUACGCGCGCAUCCGGGGCAUACCCGAGAACCGCCUCGGGGUCGUGUGCCGCGCGCUGGCGCAGCUCUUCUACUUCACGCCCCACUUGGACAGCACACUCGACACCUACAGUGGAGGCAACAAGCGCAAGGUGAGCACAGCGGUGGCGUUCAUGGGCAGCCCGCAGCUGGUGAUUCUGGACGAGCCGUCCACCGGCAUGGACCCGGUGGCCAAGCGCUGCGUUUGGAACACGCUGCAGGAGCUCAUCGUCCGCGGCUGCAGCAUCAUUCUCACCUCCCAUAGCAUGGAGGAGUGCGAGGCCAUGUGCAGCCGGCUGGCGAUCAUGGUGAACGGCCGCCUGUGCUGCCUCGGCUCGCCGCAGCACCUCAAGAACAAGUUCGGCAGCGGCUACUCCAUCAUGAUCAAGGUGGCCGGCGCCAAGCCGUCGGCCACUUCGCUCACGUCGCACAGCUCGUUCAGCAGCAAGGACGAGUCGUUGGGCACCGAGGUGGACGGCGUCAAGAACUACAUGCAGGCACGGCUGCCGGGCAUCGAGCUGAUCGGCGCCCACAACGGGCUGCUCGAGUUCCAUCUGUCGGCGCCCGACUUGAGCUGGGCCGAGGUGUUCGACGUCAUGGACCAGGCCAAGGGCGUCUUCAACGUGGCCGACUACUCGGUGGCGCAGCUCACGCUCGAGCAGGUCUUCCUGCACUUCGCCAUGCUCCAGCGGGAGGACAACAAGUGACGACGUCGAUGCACGCCAUUGUGCCGCCUCAUGUGCAUUCGCUGCAUUCAAUAUCGAUCCGUGCACAUCCGUCUGCAGCCGCAAGUGUGCGUCGUGUCGCUAGCUCCUGCGGCUCGGGACAAUCGAGCCUUGAACGAGAUUUCAAUUUCCACAUUAUCAGUUCUAGAGCAUUACAGUGCGGCUUUAUUUGUACAUUUUCAUACUUUCAUGGCUCGAGUGUACAUGACGGGUUGUAGCUUUGUAGUUGACAGGUGUGUUUUUAGCUUUUUAUUAUUCUUUUCUUCUGUUUGUUCUAGAAGAUUCGCAUUUACCGAUUCUGUCGCUGCGCUCAAAGUACCGAACAAUGAUAAAGGUGCGCACAUAUCUUAAGCGAAUUCUUGUACAUGUUUUGACGAUGUGAUAGCGCUGUCGAGACUUGCUCGAUUCUUGUUUGACAACGAAAGAUCGAUCGGUGCCGCAGCAGCACAACGGCGGAAGCGUGCCAUGGACAUGCGCCCAAACCCAACCUGCGGAUGUGUGCGCAUGUUGAACGCUUUCAAAGUACCAGCCAGGCCACACAUGCAGGCUAUGUGCGGCGUAUACGCAUACACGGUGUUUUCGGAACCGCUGGUCGUCAAACUGCCGUAACCGAAACGUCAUCCGCGUACGUUGGUUCCUGCUUGUGGCCCUCAACCAAAUGCGCACACGUGCAUUUGAUGCUGUGUACAUUGAUGCCUUGUUUUAUGGAAAAAGUGCGCGUAAUUCUUUGCAAGUAUUCGCACUUGUCUUUCAGUGCGAAAUGGAAGCAUCAUUCCUUCCGAGCCAUUCUUAAGGUGGGCAACCACUUCAGCUCCGGUUGUUCCGCUUCGGGUCUGUUCUUGCUACUUUCGCUUUUUAUACGGUUUGCACAUAAAGCUGAACACGCUGUUCUGUGUUCUGCCUGGAUGUUCUGUCGCACAAAUAUUGAUGCAACACAUUGACAACCACGUGAGAGUUGCUGGUGUUAUGGUAAGCUUGUUUUGUAGUUUCGUUUGCCUUGAAACAAUGUCCGAUCUCAACUCCAACGAAUGAGUUCUUGUAGCCCGAUGGCGCGUUCGGCAAUUUCUGAAGGGCGAUUCCCUGUGCGGCCUCGGGAGUUGUUUUCGCGCGUUACCAGACCUCGAUGGUUAAUUGAAGCGUUUAUGGUUAAUUUAUUGUGCAUAAACAAUCCACCGCUACAACAUGCCGCGCCGGCCCAGCAUAAGUGCUAGCGGUUUACACAGACCAGUUUUGUGCUUCUCGUAGCCUUUAAAAUGAUAAUGCGGUAACUUUGAAGGCCAAGCUAGGAUAGCUUAAUUUGCACGCUGUGGCAUGAGAGUGUAACGGCCAAAAAAGUGCAGCUUGGCGUACCGGGCUCUUUCUCGGCCACAUCACUACGUUCGGGCCACCGUGUGGUCUAAAACAUGAAAGUGAAUCUCUUGCGGAAUGGCCCAACAGCGUAAUAACGAUGACUUGUAGGUCGCGAACCUUUAAACCGCUUGCAUAUUGUUCUUGCUUCGAUUAUUGCAUUUCCCUUCGCACCGCCCGAAGGUGCGAUCGAAGUGCGCUUUCGAAGUGCGCUUUCGAUCAAAGUGCGUGUUCUUGGGGCUACAUGGCAUUCAUUCCACGAAAUUGAAAUAGCCUGAGCGGCGUAAUGAUCUUGCUUAUGUGAUCUUUUACCGUACGAUUUGGCUGUAUGCCUUUGCCAGGUGUGUCAGACUGACGGUGAAUGUGUGCUGCAGUAAAAGCAGACAUUACCGGCGAUGAAUGUUCAGUCCAUUUCGUGAACUAGGAAUAUAUGCAUUGCCGCGAUACUUUCGUACAAUACUAGAGGAAACUGUGGCGCUAGUGGCUACGAAAGCUGCAAGCGGGCGAUCCUAGCUUGACACGCAUGACGGCUACACGGUCUCCAUUAUCCGCCAUCAUUAAAAAACACGCGUCUGUUUGCAAUAAUAUAGUUGAAAAUUACGAACCUACGACAUCUUGCAAUUUUCACUGUUGUAUGGUAAUAAAGAUGAAUGACUUUUCGCUUCA